CCCCCACCCACCUAUGAAUACCACCUGACCCACAUACAUGGAGGGCAAAGAAGAGAUCAGUGACACAGACAGUGGCAUCAUUCUCCACUCUGGCCCUGAUAGUCCUUUCACGAUUAUGAAGGACGUGAUCACUCAUACCCGGGCCGUCAAGCUCAAGCAUCAGUCUCUGGAGGACCGGCUAGAGCUCUGCCUACUGGAGCUGAAGAAACUCUGCAUCCGAGAGGCUGAGCUAACUGGUCGGCUGUCUGCAGAUUACCCAGUGUUGCCUGGGGAGAAGCCGCCUCAAAUUCGCCAACGCAUCGGAGCUGCCUUCAAACUAGACGAGCAGAGCAUCCCACAGGGAGUAGUGGACUCAGAGCUGAUCUCUGUGGAAGCUGAGUUAUCUCUUCAGCUGCAGAUAUACAAAGCGGCCCGAAGACUCUGCCAUGAGGAACACCUCAGCAAGGCGCAGAAGACAAGCCGGUUACAGCAGUGCAAGCGUGAGGAGAAGAAAGUCAAACAACUACAGACAGCAUUUCAGCUGCACCUACAGCACGGGCGGUCUUCACCACGGCCAUGCUGCAUCAGCACACAGAGAGAUCAGGGCACUUCUGAUGAUAGCUCUCUGUCCGAUUCGGCGCUGCUCGAUGAAGAAAAGCUGAUCAGUCAGUCAUCACAACCAUCCUUGGAGGCCCCUCACCCAGGAGGACCAGCAGACCCUCCCCAGCCUCCCCCAGACCCCUCACACCUCCCUGGGCCUAGCCCCCACAAGCCAACCCAUACUACUCCAACUCUGGAGGAGUUACAGUCUAGCUUCAACACCAACCUGGAAUUGGAGGCCCCUCCCAUCGAGCACUCCCCUUGGACUGAGUCCAGUCUGGACCAGCCUUACCAGAAAACCAAGAACAAGUCACACUCUUGCAGCAAGUCAAGUCCAGCCGUGACCCCUGUGUUGCCUCCAGUGGAAGCCUGUUAUGAAGACACUGCUCUGCCCCUGCAGUUCUCCCAUCUCAGACUGUGCCCAAUCCAGUCAAACAGCGCCCCCUCCACCCCAGAGAUGCACCUUCGCCAUCAGUUUUCUCUCAGGCUUCCCAACAGUGAGCCUCCGUUGAACCUGGAUAAGGACCGGGGUCGUACCCGUGUUCCCAGGAGGCUACUGACGGAAUACGUGGUAACGUCUCCAGGCGAGUCCCCCGUCCAGAGGGGAGGCUACAGAAACCACAUUUACCACUCCAGCUCUGAGACUGAGGACAGUAACUCUGAACACUCUGCCCCAUCCUAUACUAGCUCCCUGUGUCGUGAGAUGCCCUGUGACCUGCCAUGGCAGUGUCAGCCCACCUAUAGGUACCAGUCCAGCCCCAACGACAAUCAUGGACCAAUGGCCUACCCCCCAGGCCCCGGCUUCUACCAAAAUCACCAGCAUCAGUCCACCCCCAGCUUCCACAGGGGUUACUAUGACCAUGGGAUGGUCUACCCUUCAGAGAUGGACAUGGCCAGGCUGUAUCACGGCCCUCCGCCCCCCUGUCACUCCAGCCGAUAUGAGCACUGGUAUGAGGAGGCCCCUAUGCACCCCCAGCGGGCUCUCACAUCCCUUUCCCCCCACGUCAGACUGUCCCGCGCCCCCUCACUCAGAGAGUACCCCCACCACCCCUCCAGAGGCUUCCCCCGGCAGGUGGUAAACGAGGAGCUCAAGUCAUGGCACCAGCGCAACCAGUUCAGACCUCACUCCCUCGACCGGCAGACUGCGAUCAGGGUGAGGAAUGUACCUGGCCGCGAGUCACCUCUCUCCCACCACCACAAGUACCCUGAACAGGCUCCCCAGAGACGGGUCCUCCAGAAGGCAGCGGAUGGGACCCCGGAGCAGUGGUUUGUGGGUAACGAGUCAGAGCUCAUCAGUCAGGUGUAGGACUAGGGAGAGGGCCCCAAGUGUGCCACACCCUCUCUGGAACACUAACCUCUGCCCCCAGUCCACAAAGCCCUAUUUAUUCAUUAAUGUAUUACACUAAUGGACCUGGUGCAGAUAUGAGAUGAGGGAGACCGGGCAUAAUAUGAAAGAGGGCCUGAGGCUUUAUACCAUUGACCUCAACAUGUUACCUGGGCAACAACAAAUGAUCAACUGAAGGCAGGAAGUAACAGAUCACAAUGCUAAAAUAGUGCCGCCCUUUUUACUGUAAAAGAGCUACUGUUUUGAACAUUAAUUCAUAGUUAGCUUUAUUACUAUGAAAAAUGUUUCUAAACUGUUUUUCUAAAAGAAAAUGUUUCUCUGUAGAAGUUAAUCAAUAAAGAUUUAUAC